CAGACGGGUCCACAAUCUUGUACAUCAUCUACGGACAGGAGCACUCCAUCGUAUACUUGGCCGUCGUAAUGUGUAGCCACAUUGGUUUGUAAUAUCCGGGUUGGUCGGAGGGAGUGUCUUUGCUGUGAUUUCCAAUAGAAAAACGCUAGAACAGCUACACGGAGCCACCGCCGCAGAGAUAGCAGUCCCUGCCGAGCAAGGAACAUGACUGGGGCUUGUGACAGAGAGAGACCAGCGAAAAGAGAGAUAAACAUGGAUUUUUGCCGUUUUAAUGCCUCCGACUUAGCUUGAGAGACAUCUAAUAGACUCCACACCACUUAUGUUUUAGCAAAAAAACUAAACCUUGCCGCUUCGUUCGCCCCAUCGUUGGUAUGGAGAAAACGCUAUACGGUUCGCCUGGGACUGCAAAAGGGAACUCAGGAUCUCUUCCCACGGACAGGGGGAAUUCAGCAAGAAAGAGCGGCAGGACUGGUUCCCACAGUCCGGGCUCGGCCUCCCUCGGCUGCCCAGGGGGCGGUGGUGGAAAUCGGGGAGAUUUGUUGGGAAACAGCACGAAUGUGCACCAAGCUCACAAGCGGCAGUUGGAAGGCGUGCUGAGCAAAUACACAAACCUCAUCCAAGGUUGGCAGAACAGGUACUUUGUCCUUGAUCCAGACGUAGGCCAGCUCCAGUACUUUGUGAAUGAACACGGCAAGACCCAGAAGCCCAGAGGCUCUCUGCCCCUCAUCGGAGCGUCUGUGACCCCCAGCGAUGAGGCGCCCCACAUGUUCAUCGUCAACUCGGCCAACGGGGAAAACUUUAAACUCAGAGCCGCAGAUGCCAAAGAGCAGCAGUUCUGGAUGAACCAGCUUCAGGCCUGUUCCAGACGCCACUCAGAAAGCAGUGCCAAGGUGAGGGAGGUAAAGGUGUUUGAUGAGCAGCGCCUUUAUGUGGACAAGACAGCUGGCUGCCAGGAUGGGCCGGGCUCUUCUGGUCGGACGAGGAGUGUCUCUCUCCUUCCUCACAUGACCUCCUCCUCCUCCUCCUCUCCUGGCUCCCAGAGGCACCUGGGUCCCCCAGGGGCGCCUGGCAACAUCGUCACCAUCACUCACCACAAGUCGCCUGCCGCCGCUCGACGGGCCAAAAACCAGUGCCCCAGCCGACUGCAAGAGGUUAAAGAGGUGAUGUCCCAGGCCGAGGGCCAGCAGAAGAACCUGGUGCAGUCCAUCGAGUCCCUGCCGCCCCGUGGCCCCCUCUCCUGCCUGGACCAGGACCUCCUCCUGCUGAAGGCCACCUCCGCCGCCACCCUCAGCUGCCUGGGGGAGUGCCUGAGCAUCCUCCAGCAGAGCUCCGGACGCGGACACCAGGGCUCCACCAGGCCCGGACCUGCCCACGACCCACCCUCCGAUGCCAUCCCCAUGUGGACUGUGCCCAAGUCCCCUUCAGCAGAGAGGCUGAGGAAUGGAGGCGUGACCCCACCAUGCUCGGCCGAGCCCUCUCCCGCUCUCAGCAAGAGGAGCCUGCCCCAGUACGCUGAGCACACAGGUAUGGAGUCUGUGAGUCCCACAGAGGAGGUGACGGACACGGAGGACAAUGAGGAGGAGGAUCUUGGGGUGCUGGAUGACCAGAGAAGCAUAAUAUUACACCUCCUCUCUCAGCUCAAACUGGGCAUGGACCUCACACGGGUGGUGCUGCCUACCUUCAUCCUGGAGAAGCGCUCUCUGCUGGAGAUGUACGCCAACUUCAUGGCCCACCCGGACAUGUUCCUGGCCAUCACCACGGGAACCACACCCGAGGAGCGCAUGGUGCGCUUCGUGGAGUACUACCUGACUGCCUUCCAUGAGGGACGCAAGGGCGCCGUGGCCAAGAAGCCCUACAACCCGGUUCUGGGCGAGACCUUCCACUGUUCCUGGGCGGUACCGCUCGACCAGGUCCGGCCUCUCAGGACUCAGGCCCACACGCUGGGGCCCGCCAACCGAGACCCAUCGCGGCCCGUGGGCCCGGAUGACUCGCCGGCGGCGGGCAACCACCGCGUCCGGUUCGUGGCGGAGCAGGUGUCGCACCACCCGCCGGUGUCGGGGUUCUACUGCGAGUGCCAGGAGAAGAAGAUGUGUGUAAACGCCCACGUGUGGACCAAGAGCAAGUUCAUGGGAAUGUCCGUGGGGGUAUCCAUGAUGGGAGAAGGAGUGCUGUGCCUUCUGGAGCAUGAUGAGGAGUACGUGUUCACACUGCCCUGUGCCUACGCCCGCUCCAUCCUCACUGUGCCCUGGGUGGAGCUCGGGGGAAAGGUCUCCAUCAGCUGUGCCAAGAGUGGCUACUCCGCCACCGUCACAUUCCACACCAAGCCCUUCUAUGGAGGGAAGGUCCACAGGGUGACUGCAGAGGUCAAACACAACACCACCAACACCAUUGUGUGCAAGGCUCAGGGGGAGUGGAACGGAACGCUGGAGUUCACCUAUAGCAGCGGAGAAACCAAAGUGAUUGACACAUCCAAACUGCCAGUCAUCAGGAAAAGGCUGCGGCCAAUAGAAAGACAGGGACGGACUGAGUCCAGGCGAUUAUGGCAGCACGUGACUACGGCGCUGAAGGAGGGCAACAUCGACGCGGCGACAGAACACAAGCACCGUCUGGAGGAGCGUCAGCGCGGAGAGGAGAAACAGAGAGCUGCCAACAACAUGCCCUGGAAACCCAAAUACUUCAUCAAAGAGGGGGAUGGAUGGGUCUACCUCAACCCUCUGUGGAAGGCCCACUGACGCACCCUGACCCUGACCCAGGAAACGAGUGCUUUACGGGACUCUCUCAUAAACCCCUCCAGCCUGCGAGCAGAGGAAUGGACUCAAAGAGAGGAUGAGGAGGAGGUGAAGGAGGUGGUGGUGGAGGAGGAGGAGGAGGAAUGAAGCGAAAAGGGGCCAAAGAGAAGGUUGAGGAGAGUAUCCUGUUCCUGUAUAUGUACUCUGGGGGACAGACAGAGAGAGAGAGAGAGAGAGAGAGACUGAUGGUGAGGUAGUGUGUUCUGUGAGAUGGGGGUAGUGCCUGUGUGAUCCCCAUCACUGUAGCUCCAGAGGGGUGGGAAAUGGGGGAGAGGGACAUCAUUUUUAUACCAAACUCCAGGUAGAGUAUUUCUAUUUUUCACAUAACCCAGGCCUUUCUCUCUCUCUUUUUUUAAUGUUUUGCACUUGCACAGUAUAUAGGUGACUAGCCAUGUGAUAUUGAUUUGUGUCCUGUCUAUGACCAUGCACGCUUGCACACUGAAAACAUGAAAACACACACACGCACACGCAAACACACACACGCAAACACACACACACAGAAACACGCACACAUACACGCACCCACACGCACACACAAGCUUCUGUAGCUUAGCUCGAAAUGCUUGAAAAUACAAAAUCAGAGAAUCUCCAUCAUCAUGCCAAUAAGUAAGAGACCACUUCUGCAAAAUCAAUACAUCACUCCAAGCCGAUGGUGGCCCUUGUGAAUCAUGAGGCCACAGACAAAGUGUUUGUGAAAAAUGCGACACACACUAACUCUUCCAGGCGUCACUGGUAGCAUCCAUCACGCGACCACACGUGAUCCACAGGUAUCCACCUGUGCACGUGGCCUUGGGCUCCCCUGAUGGAUGUGAUUGGAGUGGUGGGCCCCGUGUCCUCGGCACAUCUCUGAUGUGAUUACCCUGCGUUAGGCUCCCUGCUAGGCUACACGCCAAUGAAGGUUAAUGGACAGCAGCACUGCGUGAGAGGCAGUCCACUGAUUAGUAUGGACGGAAGACACAAACGUCUUCUCCAGCUGUCCUCACAUGAGGAUUUUUUUUCAUUUCGGGAGAAAGAAAAAGGCCCUGUAUCGAUUAGAAAUGUAAUGUAAUCGAAUGCAUUGGGGAAAAAAAAAGAAUAAAUCAUCUGCGUAGGUAUUAUUCGGUUAACCGUGGAACAGUUCUGGAAGAUGAGUGAGCUAUUUGUCAGCUGAUGGUUACAUGGCCAAAGUAUGUCUUAUCUGCUUAAGGAAGCAAUCUAAUUAGGAUAUGUAGGUCAUAGUUAAUUGCAGUGUUGAGUUGUCUGAUUUUGAAAUUCCCUCGAGGUUGUGUUUUAUUGUGUGUGAAACAAGAUUAUAUGGCAGUAGUUCUCUGUUUGCUGCCAAUUAGGACUUGUACCUCAGAUGGCAAAGACUGCAUUGCUAAAGCAGGAACUCAUAUUUUGACGUUAUUUAUGUGAAUAGACCCAUAUAUCUAAUCAGACAUAAUUAGGUCUAAAUCAAGUCAAUCACUAAUUCUAUUUUAUUCUUAAUAUGAAGUGUUAUUUAUAUAACGAUUUGAGCUGUUAGAUGAGGCUAUUCUCUGUUCCCUGAUGUCCAUACAUCCACUUAUAUAUUGUUUCCCAAAUAGUGAACUUUUCUAUUCAAGAAGAGAUUCAUAAAUUGAGGGUGUUUGAGCCUUGCACUACACUACACCAAAAUCAUGAACACUUGCACAUUUCAAAGCAGGGGGCGCCAAGGCUUUAUCUUAAAGCAACGAGAUCGUGUCUGAGGCCGUCUGUCCAUGUGGACUAGAGACUGUAUAUAGGUCCGUACUCUUAUCCACACUGUUUGUGAUGUUACCCUGAGUACAGUUGGAGAUGGAGUCUUGAGUUCUCAAACCAGAUGUAGCCUGCUUCUGUAAACUUCAGCGGCGGUUCCACAUGACCUGAUCGAACUAUCUGGGUCACCUCUUCUGCCAAAGCGUAGUUAUGAAUUCAGCCAGGACAUGUACUGGAGUGUUGCUGCCCAGUCAGUCACUGACACUGAGAGGGAUCCAGCUGUGAUCAGACCCAGGGGUGCUGCCCAAUCAGAUGCUACUGAAGACGAUGGAAUGAUCCUGGAUAACGCCUCAUAGAUACUUAACCCAAACUAAUAAUCCCUCAUCACCCAUUCUCAGGCUGCAAAUCACAUAACCCAAGGAUAUAUCCCCCCCCCCCCCCCCCCC